AUGGCAAAUGCACAAGGGGAUAUUCGAGAUGGAAUGGAGCUCGACCGCUCAGGAAUACGAGUUGAUUAUCUGACGGCUCCACCACGGUUCUCUUGUCAAGAUCCGCAAGCAUUAGCUGAAGGUCUACGACACUUGGAAGAACAUGGUUACACAGUUAUAUCUGAUGUCUUAGACGAAGCUGAAGUGAAUACAGCAAAGAAUCUUAUUUGGCAGCAUUUAGAAGGCUUGAAGCUCCCAUAUAAAAUCAAACGAGGUCAAAUUCAAACAUGGAAUACAUGGCCAGGUAGACAUGAAGCGGGUAUUAUCGAAGAUUUUGGUUCGGGAAAUUCGCAAGCACAAUGGUUUAUACGUUCGAUUCCAGCAGUAAAAGAUGUUUUUGCAGCGAUAUGGAAUACUCGUGAUUUAUUGUGUUCAAUAGAUGGUAUUGGUAUUUUCAGGCCAUGGCAUUUAAAUCCACAAAUACUGCAGAGCAAUACAAACUCAUGGAAAACUGUGGGAGCUAACUGGCACGUUGAUCAAAGUCCUGUAACAAAACCAAAUCGAGUUUGUGUGCAAGGUAUUGUUAAUCUUUUACCUGCCAAUGAAACCACAGGUGGAUUGAUGGUUAUACCUGGUUCGCAUAAGCGUUUUCACGAGUUACUUUCCGUAUGGAAAAAGACGGGUAACAAUGCAAAAAUUCCAGUCUACCAUGAGAUUUUGCAAGAUGGUUAUGGCUUAUUAAUUCACGCUCAACCAGGAGAUUUAUUAUUAUGGGAUUCGCGAACCGUUCAUUGUAAUUCGCCUUCGUUUGUUACACCACAACGUCCGGCAAAUAAUAAUCAACCAGCAAAUCUAUUAAGAAUGGUUAGUUAUAUUUGUAUGACGCCAUUAUCAUUUGCAGAAAAUCCCGAUGAACUAAUUGAACGUCGACUACAUGCAUUCCGUUACCGAUUAACAACGUCUCAUUGGCCACACGAAUUUCAAAUCAUGGGCGGAGACGUAUCGAGAGGGGAAAAUACUAUUGAGCUGACAGACUACCAGAGAAGUCUUAUUAUCGGAACUGACUGA